AUGUUCAAAAUUACGCUAUGUUUGUUUGCUGCUCUGCUGGCUAGUGUCUGCGCCGAUCACAUCAAUAAGAAUGCCGAAAUUCUAAACCUAAAAAACGAUCCUGCAGAUGCGGAAGGCAACUAUGCCUAUGCUUUCGAGACUAGCAAUGGAAUACAGAGUCAGGAGGCGGGCAAUCCAAACGGAGUCAGUGGAGCCUAUAGUUUCGUCACACCCGAGGGCGAAAACAUUCAAAUUAGCUACAUUGCCGAUGAGAAUGGCUUCCAGCCCCAGGGUGCUGCUCUGCCCACACCACCACCUAUUCCAGAAUAUAUUAUUCGAGCAUUGGAAUACAUUGCGGCCCAUCCUCCACCACCGCAGCGUCGCUAA